GUCUAUCCUCCAAAACCCUAGCCUCCCCCUCCUCGCUUCCUCCCUUCCACCGCCUCCUCUCUGCCUUCUGGUCUCUCACGACACAGAGAGAUCUUCUUCGGAGCGCGCGAUGGCGAAGAAGAAGGAGCGGGCGGUGAACGUGUCGGGCAAGCCCCGGCACUCUCUCGACGUCAACCGCCCCAAUGACAAGAAGGGCGCGGGCGCCGGCGGCCGCCGGUCCGCGGCCACGGUGCGGCGGCUGCAGAUGUACAAGGUUCGUCCCAAGAGGGACCGCGGCGGGAAGAUACUCUCGAACGACUGCCAGUCCAAGGAGCUUCCUAACACCCGCAUCGAGCCCGACCGCCGGUGGUUCGGAAAUACACGGACUGUUGGUCAGAAAGAACUUGAAUUAUUCAGGGGCGAACUGGAGACUCGGCUUGCAAAUAAUUACAGUGUGAUAUUGAAAGCACGGAAGUUGCCAAUGGCCCUUUUGCAGGAUCAUCAAAAGCAAGCUAGGGCACAUCUUCUUGAGACUGAGCCUUUUGAGCAUGCCUUUGGACCAAAGGGCAAGCGGAAACGCCCAAAGCUAUCCAGUCUUGAUUAUGAAUCGCUAAUAAAGAAAGCUGAUGAUUCACAAGAUGCAUUUGAGGAAAAACAUGCUUCAUCAAAGUUGCCAAAGGAUGAAGAGGAAGAUGGCUUACGAGAUCUAGUCCGUCAUAAUAUGUUUGAGAAGGGACAAAGCAAAAGAAUCUGGGGUGAACUUUAUAAAGUAAUUGACUCAUCGGAUGUUGUUGUGCAGGUUUUGGAUGCCAGGGAUCCAAUGGGCACUAGAUGCUACCAUCUAGAGAAACAUCUGAAGGAGAAUGCUAAGCACAAACACAUUGUAUUCUUACUAAAUAAGUGUGACCUAAUACCUGCUUGGGCAACUAAAGGAUGGUUGCGUACACUGUCGAGGGACUAUCCAACCCUAGCGUUUCAUGCAAGCAUCAACAAGUCAUUUGGCAAAGGAUCACUUCUUUCAGUAUUACGGCAGUUUGCCCGUCUGAGGAGCGAUAAACAAGCUAUAUCUGUUGGAUUUGUUGGAUAUCCUAAUGUUGGGAAAUCAUCGGUUAUCAACACGCUACGCUCCAAGACUGUUUGCAAGGUAGCUCCAAUUCCUGGAGAGACGAAGGUGUGGCAGUACAUCACCAUGACCAAAAGGAUCUUUUUAAUUGAUUGCCCUGGGGUUGUGUACCAAAACAAUGAUUCAGAAACUGAUGUGGUUCUUAAGGGUGUGGUACGUGUGACAAAUUUGGACGAUGCUUCUGAGCACAUAGGUGAAGUUCUUAGGCGUGUAAAAAAGGAGCACCUACAAAGAGCUUACAAAAUACAAGAUUGGGCUGAUGAUAAUGAUUUUCUCGUCCAGCUGAGCAAGAUGAGUGGUAAACUGCUCAAGGGAGGAGAACCUGAUCUGACAACAGCAGCAAAGAUGGUACUUCAUGACUGGCAGAGGGGUAAGAUACCCUUUUUUGUGCCUCCACCGCAGCAGAACGAAGGUCCAUCUGAGAUUGCUGAUCCCGUCGAGGGAUCCGGUGAGGAAGUUGUCAGCAGUGACCGUACUACUGCUGCCAUGAAAGCAAUCUCAGGAAUUAUCACAUCGCAGCAAACUAUGAAUAUUCCCUGCCAGAAGGAAUUUGGUACAAAUAAGGAAGAUAGUGAACUGGCAGAGCAAUCUGAGUAAUCUCGGUCAUUGAUAUGGUUUUUGCUGGCAAACAAAUUGUUUUCUCUAUAGUUUGGCAGGAUGGAUGUACCAAAACUGAACCAUUAUUAGUUCAAACUUUAAUCGACAGAUAUAUCGUUUUGGUAUCUACCUACA